UUUCAGUUAUGUCAAAAAUGUCAAAAUGAGUGAAGAUGAUCAUCAGUUUAAACCUUGCAUUGUUUUCAACCAGUCAGAUCCAUUCAAAAUAGGAAACAGGUAUGGCGGUAUCCCUGUCAAUCUCGUCACAAAUCUGAUUGGUUGGACAAUUCUUAUUCUUCUCUUUCUUCUUAUCCGGAAAUCUGCACUAAGAAAAGUUGGUAAAAAAGUUGCCAAAUCAACCAAAGAUGGUGUCGAUGUGGCAACAAGAUGGACCCACAUUUUUUUUGAAAGGGACACAGUCCAGGAGGAAUCUCAGGAACAGGGUGCAGAAACGCCCAGUGAUGUUGUUGAUGGGGGUGAAGAAGGUUUAAAGACUGCUGAUGGGGUUGGUCCUGGGGCACAUGGGAAGGAGGGAAGAACUUCUGAAGUUGAGAAAAGAUCUGAAAGUCCAGAAACCGGUUCUAUCGCCAGUAGAGCCAAGAGUAUGAAAAGAGGAAGAAAAGUAUUUUUAUCUAAGGAAAAGAGUCUCGAGCCUUUAAUGGGAGCUGAUGCUGUGCAGUAUCUUAGGUUUCAGAAGUAUAUAAUUAUCUAUAUACUAAUGGUGACCCUUGUAUCAGUAGGAGUUGUGUUGCCGGUUAACUUUCAGGGUUCGCUUCAAGGCAACUCUACUGAGUUCGGGCAUACGACCAUGGCAAACAUUGAUCCUAGAAAUAUUGCUGAGAGCUACCUGCUGUGGGUUCAUAUUAUCCUGGCCUUCCUUCUCUUCCCCCUCUCUAUAUUCCUCAUGAGAAGGUUUUCAAUAGGUUUGCGAAUGAGAGAUAUAAGUCUAGGGAUAACACGAACAGUUGCCAUAGAGCAUAUUCCACACAAACUCUGCACCAUAGAGAACAUUAGAGACCAUUUUCAGGAAGUUUAUCCUGAUUUUACGAUCCAGGACAUUCAGCUGGCGUAUGACGUUAGUAAGCUAACAACUUUAUCUAAUGAACUGAGAGAUGUUAAAGAAGCAAAACAAUACGCAAUAGAGCACAAUAAGAGAUAUAACACUAAUCUCUCGAUGUACCCAGCUAAAGGUGCCCGCUGCUGUUCAUGUUUCUGUGUACCAUGUGUUGAUAAAGUUACCUGUGUAGAGUACUAUCAAGAGCUGGAGGAUAAAUUAAAUGCUAGAAUUAAAGUUCUAAGAUCCCAGUCACUACAGAACAAACUAGGGAUGGCUUUUGUUAGUUUUAGCUCGAUAAAUCAUGCUAGACAGGUUCACAGAGAUCACAAGUAUUCAAUUUUAAACUUCAAGCAUUGUCCUCCAUCUUCAUCGAUCAAUCUCAGACCAAAGGGGUGGAAAGUUUGGUAUGCUCCUCAACCUUCAGACAUCAUUUGGGAAAACCUUUCAGACAGGCGGAAGCUGCUGUUAAUGAAGAAGAUUCUGGCAAACAUCUUCAUCUUCCUAAUAUGCUUCUUCCUCACCACACCACAGAUCAUUGUUCAUCAGCUAGAUCCUAUAAUUAAUAUACUACAAAACCUGACUACACCUAGAGCUUUACCUUUGAACUCGACAUCCACCAAAACGGAUUUGUUUUCCGACCUCCCCUCCUGGUUGACGGACUUCCUCCCGACCUUGAUGAUCUGGACGUUCACAGCUCUCCUUCCUGUUCUUGUGGCUUACUCUGACCGACUCCUUGGACACUGGACAAGAUCUGGAGAAAAUCAUGCUGUGAUGAAGAAAACGUUUUGGUAUUUGAUCUUCAUGGUUAUCAUUCUUCCAACAUUCGGACUCACCAGUGGACAGGCGACAGUGGAAUUCCUGUUUCGUAACUUUAACUCCACAAAUUCAGCUGCAGAUAAAGAGAGGUGGGAUUGUAUCUUCCUACCUGACUCUGGUGCUUUCUUCGUCAACUAUGUGAUUACUGCUGCUAUGAUAGGGUCUGGUUUAGAGCUGAUCAGGUUUCCAGAACUAUUCUGGUAUCUCAUUCAGAUUCUUGGAUCCAGGACAAAAGCAGAUACCCCAGCUAUUAGGCGUGCAAUUACAUAUGAGUUCAGGUUUGGGGAGCAGUACGCCAGGAUGAUGCUACUGUUUGCUAUGGUUGUUAUGUACAGUAUACCCUGUCCACUCAUCACUCCAUUCGGUUGCAUGUACUUCAUUCUCAAGCACAUAGUUGAUCGGCAUAACCUUGCAUACGUGUAUGCCCCAAGUAAGAUCAAUAAGAAGAUCCACGCCACAGCAAUCAACUUUGUGAUCAUGUCCGUGGCGUUGUUGCAGUUCCUUAUGGUCGUCUUCUCCUUUAUACGCUCCGGGGAUAUAGCCCAGGGUCUUGUCUCUCCGCAUACAAAGGUAGCUAUAGGGUUGUUUGUGUUAACCCUAAAUAUCUGCUCUGCACAGAUCUGGUCUGCUACCUGCAAGAAGAUUUCACCGAUUAAAUACGACGACAUUUUGUUAGCUGAAGACCCAGAGGACGUUCUUCGACCGUAUAUACCUAACGUCUUGAAGGGAGUUUGCUUCAGUCCAAGCAUAGGAGACGAUAUUCCACAGAGGGUUGACUCGUCCACAGAGACAGCAGACGAACGAGUAGAGUUGAAUGGGACGAGUAAAUUGGAUUAAACCAUCAUCAUCGAGUUAAAACUAAAAUUUAAGAUAUUUUAAAGCCAUAAGUUCUUUAACUCAUGUUUGUUAACAACCGAAUUCUGGCUAUUACCAAAAUUCCGACAUCUGACAAUCGCUAAAUUUCUUACAAUUACCAAAUUUCCGACAAUUACAAGAAGUGCGACAGCAUACUUGAAGUUUGUAAACAAACAAACUACCCGACAUGGAACCAAAUCUUGAUAAAAGGAAAAUAACGAAAAUCAAAGCAUUAGAAACCAAAUAUGUGUAGCGCAAUAUUUUUAAGUACUUUAGUUUACUUGUACUACUUUAAUGUCAGUGUGAACGGAUUUUUAUGUACGCAUUUUUGUGAAAUGUACAUUUUUAUUUA